GCCGGGAAAUCUUUUGUCAUCAAUGAUCAGACGCUGCAGAAGCAGUUGUUUUGUCCAUCACAUUCCCCACCUCCAACCAAUCAACGAUCACCAAAGAAUUACAAUGAACAACAAGUCGCACCCAAUCGCAACCGACGGCCCAAAUUUAAUUUCCACCGAAUAUUAUUUUUCCCUCUCCUACGACACCAUCCGGAGAGAAAAAAAAAAGGAAAAAAAAGUCAGAAAACCAAACCCCGAUGCCGAUACGAACUCGGACACUUCGCCUUACCCCAAUAUUUCUUGCAUCUGUCCAAAAUCCUCCGAAGUUUUAGCGAUUUUGUCCUAAAUCACCCAGAAAUUAACCUUAUUUGAUGAAAAAAGCUCACCUUCAGCAUUCUCUGGAUCGACCAUGGGUGAUCCCGGUGACGGUCAUCUCGAUACUCUCUGUUACCCUUCUUCUGAUAUUAACCCUAUGGCACGGUAAGUUGUCUUCUUCGGGUUCUGAGUUUUCUUUUAACCACCAGCAAUUUACUGUUUCCGACCGGGAUGUCGGUGGGCUUCCUGGAUUACCGAGAUUCGCGUACCUGAUAUCGGGGACGAAUGGGGAUGGGCCGCUGGUCAAGCGGUUGUUGCAGGCGGUGUAUCAUCCGUGGAAUUACUAUGUGGUCCACCUCGAUCUGGAAGCUUCGGAUGCGGAGAGGAUGGAGUUGGCGAGGUACGUGAAAUCGGAAGGGGUGAUGAGGGAUUUUGGGAAUGUGAUGGUGAUUGGAAAGGCGAAUUUGUUGACUUACAAGGGGCCGACGGUGAUCGCCAGCACGCUUCAUGCGAUUGCGAUACUGUUGAAGCGGGCGAAGGAUUGGGAUUGGUUUGUGAAUCUCAGUGCCUCGGAUUACCCUCUCAUGUCCCAAGAUGAUAUCAUACAUAUUUUUUCGUACUUACCAAGGGAUCUGAACUUCCUGGAGCACACUAGUGGUAUUGGCUGGAAAGAAUAUCAAAGAGCAAGGCCUAUCAUUAUAGAUCCAGGCUUGUAUCAAUCAAAGAAAUCUGGUGUAUUUUGGGCUAAAGAGAAGAGAUCCAUGCCAGCUUAUUUUAAGCUAUUCACAGGUUCUGAGUGGGUGAUAUUGACAAAACCAUUUCUUGAAUUCUGUGUUUGGGGAUGGGACAAUCUCCCACGCACUCUCCUCAUGUACUACACCAAUUUCCUGUCCUCUCCAGAAGGCUACUUCCACACUGUCAUCUGCAACCACAAAGAUUACCAGAACACCACGGUGAACCAUGACUUACAUUACAUAAAGUGGGAUAACCCUCCGAAGCAGCACCCAAUCACCCUAACAUCAGAAUACUUUGACGACAUGGUUCAGAGCGGAGCCCCUUUUGCCCGUCGGUUUGCCAAGGACGACCCAGUUCUGAACAAAAUCGACAAGGUGCUCUUGGGGAGACCACAAGGCCAGGUUACACCUGGGGGCUGGUGUGUAGGGCGUUCCUUCUCGGAUAAAGAACCAUGUGUAGUGUAUGGGAACCCAAAUGCUGUCAAACCAACUGUAAGUUCUAAGAGGCUAGAGAAGCUAAUGCUCAGACUUCUUGAUCCUGAAAGUUUUAGAGCUAAACAAUGUAAAUAGUUUUCAUAAUUCAACAUGUUUUUGUCCCUUGAGUUCUUUCUACACGGUAAUUUAUCAUCUCUGGAUGGCCAUUUCAGCAAUCAUCUAUUUACCUUGGUGAUUCCUAACUUUUCUAAGCCAAAGAAAAUUAUAAAUUAUAUAAAAAUAAAAAUGUGGAUGGAUU